AUGGCUCACGAUGCUCAUCAAUGGGUUGAUCCCAACACCACCAGCCACGAACAGGAUGUUCUGUACGCUAGCAAGUUCGAUGCGAGGCGGUGGCCAGACGAAGGCUCCCCCGACACGAACUUGGAGUGUCCUUCCGAGUACCUGCGCGGUAGGCUGGAAGAGCCAGGCCGCCGGUGGAUUUGUCGGGGAUCGUUGGAUGGCGAGCUCUACGUAGGGUACUGGCGAGUAGGCAAGAUGCGGUGGAGAUGUGAUGGUGAAGCCGCCUGCUUUAGGUAUGCCUGGGACGAAGGUAUCAAGCCAUUGGCCUGGGAGAAACUGGAAUUGCGUGUCAACUUCACACGAAAACAAGCCCAGCGCGGUGUUGCACAUAGCAGGUGUUGGGCAAGGUCGACGAACUGUCAUGGGUAG